AUGGCAUACCAACAAACGGGCGGCAUGCUCAACAACGCUGCGAAUGCCGCCCAAGCGAACGACCACCAUGGACCUCAGGGUGCCGAGUACACGUUGCAGGGCGUCAUGCGCUUUCUCCAGAUCGAAUGGCACAAUCACGAGCGAGCCCGGAAUGCUUGGGACAUUGAACGCGCUGAGAUGAAGGCCAAGAUUGCAAAGCACGAGGGCGAGUGUCGCCAUGCAAAGAGAAUCAACGAGCAGCUCGAACGACAAGUGCGCAUGCUCGAGAACGCCCUCAAGCAGGAACGGAGGAAGAAGGGCAGCGACCCCAAUGCGCCUCUACAACCAGACAGUGCUGCCUCGCACUCUGCUAGACGUCAGUCUGUCCCGAGUCCACUUGCACAAGGCCGACCAGCUGAUCUGUCAUGUCUAGCAUCCCACGACGUCCACAACUCGUUCCUCGACACAACCCCUGACAAGCAACAAUACAGAGACAAAUCCAAAAAGUUCCUGGACCGAUGCCUCCAAGAAGUUCAGUAUCUGCUUACUCCCCCACCACACCCUCCGCCGCCUCAAUUGUCCCUUCAGAAUCCUUCAGCUGCCUAUACUGGCCUACCUGAUCCGCCAGUCUCUCUCGAUGAGCUCUACCUGCGUCGCGCUGGAAGAUCGUACCCUCCUUCUACUCAUGUACAGCUGCAGCCCCCGGUCAGUCUUUCCGCCGAGGAUCAAAAGCGUCACCUCGCUUUGUCUAUGCCUCCUGCACAACCUCCUACCCAUAAUCUACCUCAGCCUCCACAAUCUCAAUCUGUACCGCUGGACGAGCCUGUAGAGCAGGUCACGCAUUCAUACGACUCCUACGGUCGCCCAGUUGCCUCAACACCAGAUGCCGCUCCUCGCUCCAUUGUCACCCAGGACUCGUCGGCCGAUGGCUGGAACUUCGAUGACCAACAACCUCUACCCGAACAACCUCCUGCUGAUCUACCCCAACCUCCUCGAAGACCUGACACCGAUCUGUUUCCCAGCGCAGCAAACCCUCCUUCGAGAUCUCCUCCCCGUACCGGUUCAGGCCGUCGCAGAUCCUCUGGCUCACAAGGCAUGACUAGGAGAAGAAGCUCGGGCUCUCACGAACUUCAUGACAGUGGCUCGGAGCUUUCCGCAAAGACGGAUCCUUCUCAGUUCAAGGUCAAGUUUGCCCUUCGUGGUCAUCUUGAUGUUGUCCGCUCAGUAAUCUUUACGGGCGGCGGUAGCCCUUCUGAACCCGAGAUCUGCACGGCUGGUGACGAUGGAACUAUAAAACGCUGGAUCAUACCUGCUAGCUACAGCAACUUCCAAAACCCUGCGAACAACGAUCUUGAUAUUGCUUGUUACUUCACUCACCGUGGCCACGAAGGUGUCGUUACUUCUCUCGCCGCGUGUCCUUCAACCAGCUUCUCCACCGGUGGGCGUGUAUCAGGAGACGGGUGGAUCUUUUCGGGUGGUCAAGACGCAACUGUACGUGUCUGGGAACGUGGUCGAGUUGAUCCGAAGGCCACUUUGGAAGGCCACACAGACGCUGUCUGGACUGUGUGCCUUCUACCUGGCACCGUUGCAUCAGUUUUCGGCUCACAAAGCUCGAACUAUGGUGGCCCUGACCGUAUCUUGCUCGCCACAGGUUCGGCAGACGGCACUGUCAAGAUUUGGUCUGUUAGUGCGCCUCCACAGCUGGUUUCUCCACAAGCUGGUUCGCGACGUGGUGGUAGCCGUCGUCAUUCCGUCACGUCUGGCAGCAACCAUCCCAGUUCCCCUCAACCGAACGUGGCUACAAGUACACCCUUCCACUACACGCUUGUACACAGCAUUCAGCGCGAAUCUGCUUCUGGCGCUACUCCUACUUGCAUUUCUCCUCUCAGCCCUUCAGGCGAAAACUUUGUCGUCUCAUACACCGACUCAAGCGUUCUUAUCUUCGAUACACGGACCGGUGAGGAAAUUAUCGGGAUGGCUAGCAAUGAGACGUACGACGGAACUCUGGCUACAAGCAUCAAUGCCGUAGUUGCCACUAGCAGUGCAUCACUUGGUCUAGAAGCGGGCUCCUCAUACAUGGACAGAGCAGAUCAAGAAGAGUCAGUGGGUGCUGGACCGACAGGUUCGGCGCAAGGUGUUGAGGGCGUGAUUGUCAGUGGCCAUGAAGACCGCUACAUCAGGUUCUUUGAUGCAAACAGCGGACAAUGCACGUAUACAAUGCUCGCACACCCUUCGGCCAUUUCAUCAUUAUCAUUGUCCAAGGACGGUAGAGAGGCAGUUUCAGCAGGUCAUGACGCAUCGAUCAGAUUCUGGUCGCUUGAGAAGAGACAGUGCACGCAGGACAUCACGUCGCACCGACCCAUGAGGGGUGAAGGCGUGUGCAGCGUGGUGUGGAGUCAAGAUGGAAGAUACGUCGUCAGCGCAGGAGGCGACGGUGUAGUAAAGGUGUUUGCGCGAUAG